UUAACCAAUUAAAACCUCAGUUUGAAGUUGAUGUUGGAGAUGAAACACUUCAAGAAGUUCAUGAUACAAUUUCAAAUUAUUCAUCAGUAUUAUCUUUAUAUAAUGGCAAUGUUAGUGAAUAUGAAAAGUCUGAAGAAUAUAAAUAUUUAGUUAAUAGAGAAACUUUACGACAAUAUAGAGAAUAUGAAUGUUAA